AUGCCUUAUACAGAACAGCUUGAUGCAUUUGUUACGCGACUUAAUGAUAGUGGCAGUGAUUAUACCAAGAAACAUUCAAUUUUAUCAGAAUUAUUAGACACUAUAGAAUCAUUUAAUGGAGCCACUGAAUAUGAAUAUUUUUUAAAGAAUUUAGUUCCCAUUUUUAUUAAAGAUUUGGAACAAGUACCUAUAUCAUUUAUAAGUACUUCUCCUCAACAUAAAUUGAGAAAUUCGAUUUUAGAAAUCAUUCAUAGAUCUAUUAUGAAUGAUACUUUCCAACCAUUUUCUGAACAAAUAUUGGAUGCUCUAGUUAAAACUUUGAUUGAAGAAAAUGAAGAUAAUGGGGUUUUAUGUAUGAAAAUUAUUACUAGUUUACACAAAGCUUAUAAAAACAAAUUGAAUGAAAAAGUUCAACCAUUUGUUGAUAUCAUUGGUUCUAUUUAUGAUAAUAUGGAUAAAACAGUUCAUGAUGUGUUUAGUGAUGAUGAUACACAAGGAACAGCAUCAGCAACAGUAGGUGAUACUUCAACCGAUGUCAAAGAAGAUUCUCCAGCACCUACAUCAGGGUUCAAUGAAGAAACACCAACGAAAAAAUUAAAUAAAGCUAUGUUUUCAUUCAAAACUUUAGCAGAAUGUCCUAUUACCAUGGUAUCAUUGUAUCAAUCUUACAAACAAUUAGUUUCAACAUCAUUACCAAAAUUUUUACCGAAAAUAAUUCAUAUUUUGGAAUUACAAGUUGAUAAACAGAAACAAUUUAGAGAAGAAUCAGAAAAUAAAAUUGUUACUUCCAUAUCACCUGACAUUAAAAAUCGUCAAGCAUUUAGUGAUUUCAUAUUGGGUCAAGUCAAAGCAGCAUCGUUUUUAGCUUAUGUUUUCAUUAGAGGUUACGCUAGUCAACAUUUGAAACCCGAAGAAAGUAAAUGUGUACCUGAUGUUAUUUUAAGAUUAUUACAAGAUUGUCCUGCUGAGCUUUCUAUUGCUAGAAAGGAAUUAUUACAUGCAACAAGACAUAUACUUUCUACACCUUUCCGUACCCAAUUUAUUCCAAAAUUGGAAUUAUUGUUCAAUGAAAAAAUACUUAUAGGUGAUGGAUUGACAUCAUACGAGACAUUAAGACCAUUAGCAUAUUCCACUGUAGCUGAUUUCAUUCAUAAUGUUAGAAAUGAAUUAACUCCAGCACAAAUAUGGUCGACAGUAAAUAUUUAUUGUGAUUUAUUAAAAGAUGAUUCAUUGGCAUUAACAGUACAAAUAAUGAGUGCUAAAUUAUUACUUAAUUUGGUGGAAAAAAUUAUGAAAUUACCAAAUAAAUUAGAAGGUAGACAAUUAUUUCUUAUUAUAAUUGAUUCAUAUGCUAAAAGAUUUGCUAGUUUAAACCGCAAAUAUAAUUAUAUCAUUUCAAAACAUAAUGAGUUUGAAAAUAAAAAGGCUUCUAAAGAAAGAAAAGCUAAAAAGGCAAUUGAAAGAUAUUCUUCUAAAAUAGAACCAGAAGAACCGGAAGAACAACAACAAGAAAAACAACAGAAGGAAGAGCAAAAAUCUGAUAAUGCCAAUGAAGAUAUGAUGGACAUUGAUAAACCUAAUCAAGAUGAAGUUUCAGAGAAACAAGAAACUCCUUCACCUCUUGAUAUGUUUAAUAUCGAUACCCAUUCUCCAAUUGCUGCUAUUCCUGUUUCAAACAAUACCGAUGUUUUAAAAGAUGCAAGAUAUUUAUUUAGAACCUUAAUGACAUUUUUAAAAUCGGUGAUUUUUGGAUUGAAGAAUUGUAACCCUCCUGUCCCACCUCAACCAACAUCAUCUGAUCCUAAUAAACCAAGACAACAAGUUAAUUAUGACAAAUGGAAUGAUUCAGCAAAAUUGAUUGCCUAUGAAGAAGUAAAUAUCUUGAGAGCAUUAUUUAGAGGUGGUAUAAGUUGUCUUCGAUUUUUUUCCAUCACCAAAUCAAAACCACCGAUAACAAACAAAACAAUUGAUUUUUCAACUGGUGGACCCAAUUUACCUAUUACAUCGUCUAAAGAGGAAAAAGAUUUAAUGGAAAUUUUCGCUACUAUUUUCAUUCAUAUUGACCCUGCAUCAUUUAAUGAAAUUGUCAGUUCUGAAUUACCAUUUAUGUUUGAAUCGAUGUUGGAAAAUGCGGCAUUAUUACAUUUACCACAAUUUUUCUUAGCUAGUGAAGUUACUUCAGCAAAUUUUUCCGGGAUUUUAAUAUCUUUUUUAAGAGAUAAUUUGGAACAAUUAGGUGAAGCUGAUUUAAUCAAAUCUAAUAUAUUGACUAGACUUUUUAAACUUUGUUUCAUGUCGGUGAAUAUUUUCCCCACUACCAAUGAAGGUGUUUUAUUACCUCAUUUGAACCAUUUAAUAUUGGAAUCAUUAAGAUUGGGUACAAAGGCAGAAGAACCAAUUGUAUAUUCUUAUUUGGUAAGAAUUCUUUUCAGAAGUAUUAGUGGAGGUAGAUUUGAAAAUUUAUACAAAGAAAUAAUGCCAAUUUUACCGGUAUUAUUAGAGAAUUUAAAUAAAAUGAUUACUAAUGCUAGAAGACCUUAUGAAAGAGAUAUAUAUGUGGAAUUGUGUUUAACUGUUCCCGUCAGAUUAUCAGUAUUGGUUCCACAUUUGAAUUAUUUAACUAGACCAUUAGUAUACGCAUUGAAUGGAUCUCAAGAAUUGGUUAGUCAAGGUUUACGUACAUUUGAAUUAUGUGUCGAUAAUCUCACGGCAGAAUAUUUUGAUCCCAUGAUUGAACCAGUUAUUGACGAGAUUAUGGCAGCUUUGUGGAAACAUUUAGAACCCGUUCCUUAUCAUCAUCAACAUUCACACACUGCCAUUAGAAUUUUGGGUAAAUUGGGUGGUAGAAAUCAUCGUAAUUUUAAACCUUGUAAUAAAUUGGUGACUCAACUGGAUUUAGAUCAAGAAGUUAAAGCAUUAUUUGAAAUUCAUGGCUUGAAAGGGUCAGUUCCAGUUUCUAUUACACCGGGUGUUGAAUCAGCUGUAAAACUUCUUGAAGAUCCAAGAUUAAAAAUUCAUUACAAGAUAAGUGCUUUCAAAUACUUGGCAAAUAUUUUGAAAUUAUUAAUUAAUACCACACCUAUUCCUGAAAAUUUCCCACAAUAUAUUAGUGAAAGUAUAGAAUAUUUAAAGCAAGAAAAAAACGAGGACAUCAACAUUGAAUUAGCACCAUCAGAUAUCAAAGACAAUGAGAAAUUGGAUCGUCAACAACAAUUAUUUUCGAAAUUACUUGAAAUUUUAUUUUUUUCAGUAUCGAUCCCUGAUUUAAAAGACGAAGCUAGUGAAUUGAUUGAUGGGAUUACAACCCAUUUUACUUUUCUCCGUUUAACAACGUCUGUUAUUGAAAAAGUUAAAAAGGAAAGACAAUUUUCAAUUAAUGAGAAUGAGGGUAAAGCUUAUAUUAACGAAAAUGUAUUUUUCAAUUCUUUGAAUUAUGCUUUGAGUUUUUGGGAUAAAAAUGUUAGACAAAAGGGGAUUGAUUGUAUUCAAAAAAUUUAUGAUACCACAGUUGUAAUAUUUGGAUCUGAUGAAAAUGCCUUGUAUUCACCAGUAUUCCGGUCAAUGUUUUAUAAAUUUACUCAUUGUUGUUAUAAUGAAUAUUAUCAUGCAAAACUUGGAGGUAUAUUAGGAUUGAAAACCAUGUUUCAAAAUUUGAAAAUCCCUGCCAAUUGGUUCAGUAAAAGACAAUUUGAAUUAGUUCGGUCAAUAUUUUUCAUUUUGAGAGAUACCCCUGAAACCGCUCCAUUUGAAGUGAGAGAAUCAGCUAAAACAUUAGUUUUGGAUCUUUUGAAAGCUUGUAAUACCGAUGUAACAAAGGAAACAGUAACUGAAAAAUCCUUUCAAACACUUGUUGGUGCAUUUGUUUAUGAUUUAGCCAGUCCAACUCCAAUGGUUAGAGAAGUUGCUCAAAAAUGUUUGACAGUGUUAUCUGAAACUACGGGUGUAGGAAUUGCCACCAUGAUUGAUCCAUGUAAACAUUUAUUGUUAGCCCCCAUAUUUGGUAAACCAUUACGAGCAUUACCUUUCCCCAUGCAAAUUGGGAAUAUAGACGCCAUCACCUUUUGUUUGAAUUUACCCGAUACCUUCUUGACAUUUAAUGAAGAAUUGAAUAGAUUGCUUUUAGAAGCACUUGCUUUGGUUGAUGCCGAAGAUGAAUCAUUGGCCAAUGUUCAUCGUUUAAGUGAAUACCGUACUUCAAAGCAACUUAUUGAGUUGCGUGUUGUUUGUAUCAAGUUAUUAUCAUUAGCAUUGACCAAGCCAGAUUUCUCCUUAGGGUCGUUGGCAGAAGCUAGAAUAAGAAUUUUAGGGGUAUUUUUCAAGGCAUUAUGUAACAAAUCAACCGAAAUAAUCAAUGCCGCGCAUCAUGGUUUAGCAGCCAGUUUACAAGAAAAUGCCAAAUUACCAAAAGAAUUGUUACAAAAUGGUCUUCGUCCUAUGUUAAUGAAUUUAUCCGAUCAUAAAAAACUCACAGUUUCUGGUCUUGAAGCAUUAGCCAGAUUGUUAGAAUUGUUAAUUUCGUAUUUUAGAGUGGAAAUUGGUAGAAAACUUUUAGACCAUUUGAUGGCAUGGGCUCAAAUCAAUACUUUAAGACAAAUUGCUGGUCAAGAUUUAACCAACAACCAUACUGUUCAAAUUGUUAUGGCGAUUUUGAAUAUAUUCCAUUUGUUACCUGCCAAAGCUUAUACCUUUAUGGAAGAAAUCAUCAAUACAUUACAGUAUUUAGAAGGUCAUUUAGAUCGUCAUAAGGAUUCACCAUUCAGACAACCAGUAUCCAAGUUUUUAAACAGAUUUGCCGAGAAUUGCAUUGAAUACUUGAUUGUCAAUUUCAAAAACCGUAAAUUGGGUAAUAUGUUAGCGGCAAUCACCGGUAUGGAUGGAUGUGAAAAUUUGCGGAAAAUUUCUCGUGAGAAAUUGACAGUUUUCAUUGAUGAUGUGAAAAAUGAAUCUAAUAAAGAAAUCAAAAUUAUCAAAUUUGCCAAUUUGGUUGAUUUGGUUGAUGCUAUUAGUAAGCAUGAACAUAGUUGGUUUGAUGAACAAAAACCUUUAUUGUUAUUACUUUCUGAAACCGUAGAAGAAAUAUCAGAUACUAGAACAACGGCAGAAUUUUCAUCGGUUCAUUUCCAAAGUGAUCAAGCUAUUGAAAAACUUCAUGAAUUGAUUGUUGGAUUUUUGAAAAGAAACCCUAAAGAAGUUGAUCUUAUGCUUGCUGUUGUUAAUCGUGAUUGUAAAUUGAAACUACAAGUGCCAGCAGUUGUUGAAGAUUAUAUUUUCAACGAUAUAGUUUCUUCUAAUGAAAUUGAUAUUAGAGAAGAAUAUUUGAAGAAAAGUAUUGAAUUUGCAAGUGAUGAAGUUUCCAAUUUGAAAGCUAAAAUAUUCUUUUUGAAAAAAGUUUUCAAUCCAAUUUUCAUCUAUGAGUCGGUAAACAAGGGAUCAGUGGAUACAUUUUUUACCAACACAAAACCUGAAUGGCUUGAAAAAUUGAAUGAUAGCAUUUGGAAAUCGACAAAAGAUAUCAUUACCAAUCACACUUCUGGUUCGAUGGAUAGUUAUCGAUACGCUCUUCUUGAAGUCACAGCAUUACUCCUUAAAUUAGCCUCCAAAUACCUUGGUGAUUUAAGAAAAGAUAUUAUCAAGUUCAGUUGGAACUAUAUCAAAUUGGAAGACAAUAUCACUAAACAAGUUGCUUAUGUCACGACUUCUUAUUUCAUUUCGGUUUAUGAGACUCCUGCAAAAUUGACAACCCAAGUUUUUGUUGCUCUUUUAAGAACACAUCAAACCGAUUCUAGAUACUUGGUGAAACAAGCUUUGGACAUAUUGGCUCCUGUGAUGUCAGAAAGAAUGAAUGAUGCUGAUUCAUCCGAUAACUGGUUAAAAUGGCCACGUCGUAUAUUAUCAGAAGAUGGAUUUAAUGAUAACUGGUUAAAAUGGCCACGUCGUAUAUUAUCAGAAGAUGGAUUUAAUGUUACUCAAGUGUUGAAUGUAUAUCAAUUUAUUGUUCAACAUCCAGAUUUGUUUUUCGUUGCCAGAGAACAUUUUGUUUCUAAUAUAAUUACUGCCAUGGGUAAAUUGACAAUUCUUGCCAACCCUGCUAUUGAAAAUCAAGUUUUGGCCAUUGAAUUGGCGGAAUUGAUUUUAUAUUGGGAACGUAAAGCAAAAGAUUCCAAGGAAGAAUCACAGGCGACUCAAGAAGAUGAAAACAUUGAAGAAGAUAAAGAAGAAGCUGCUGAUACCACUACCACUGCUGCAGACAAAGUCAAACCUGAGGGAGAUUUCACCACUUCUCCAAACUAUUCAAUUCCAUUUGGUCAAAGAGAAGCAUGUGUCACAUUUUUGAUUAGAUAUGUUUGUAUCAGCCCUCAGAGAGCAUCUGAGAGUGAAUUGGGCCAGAAAGCUUUGGGGAUUUUAUAUGACUUGUUGAGUCCUGAACAUUGGGCAGAAGUUUCUGUCAAGCUUACAUUUUUCGAAAAAUUCUUAUUAGCUCAAGAUAUCAAUUCCAGUAAUUUAUUGGGUUAUUGUUUGAAUGCAUUAGAAGUUUUAGGGGUUGUUUUGGAAUGGAAAAAACCAGAAUGGAUUGUUUCAAAUUUAUCAUAUCUUCAAAAAUUACUUGAAAAGUGUAUCAAAUCUGAUAAUCACGAUAUUCAAGAAGUUUUACAAAGAGUCUUGUCUAUAAUUUUGAAGGCCAUAGCUGACCAAAAGACACCUGAAGAAGAAGACGAAGAGGAAGAUGACGUUAAAGAAUUUUUGACUUUGCUUACAACCACUGUUACCGAGAAUUUGGGAGAUACUUCUUCAGUCCCUGCAGGUGUCACUUUAUUUUGGACAUUGGCUCAUUAUAGACCAUCAACUUUGGAUAACUUGCUACCAACAAUUAUGAAGACAUUCAGUAAACUUUGUAAAGACCAUAUUACUAUGACUCAUCAAGGUUCUCAAACAUCCACUUCAAAAGAUAAUGCAAACUUAGAAUUUGAAGCUAAAAUGACGACAAAAUUACUCGAAAAGAUACUCAAGUUAUGUGCAUCUAGAAUUUCGAAUUUGGGUGACCAGAGACGUAUAUUUUUGUCAUUGUUGGCACAAUUAAUUGAAAGAAGUUUGGACAAAGACACUUUAGAAAAAAUUAUCAAGAUUGUUAAAAACUGGGUGUUUUCGAGAACAGAUCUUUUCCCUACCACCAAGGAAAAGGCAGCAAUUUUAUCGAAAAUGAUGGUCUUUGAAAUUAGAGGGGAGCCUUCUUUGUCAAAAGAAUUUUAUCAGAUUAUUGUUGAUAUUUUUGAAGAUGAUACAUUUAGUUGUACCGAGCUUACUGUUAGAAUGGAACAACCAUUUAUGGUAGGAACUAGAUCUGUCGAUGUUUCGAUUAGACGUAAAUUGAUGUCCAUAUUGAACAAUAGUUUAGAAAAAGACAUUGCUAAACGAUUAUAUUAUGUCAUCAGAGAACAAAACUGGGAAUAUUUGGCAGACUAUCCUUGGUUAAACCAAGCUAUGCAAUUACUUUUUGGUGCAAUCAACUUUGAGCAACAAAUAAGAUUAGUUGAUGAUGAAAAUAAAUUGGCACCUUUAAAAGUGUUAUCAUUCCCAGAAUCAGACAAGAUGGAUGUUGAUAAUAAUAACAGCAAUAGUAAUAAGGAUGAAUUGAAUGAGUUGUUAAAGAAGCAUUCAGGGUUUAUAGAAGCUGCUGGAAACAUAAAAGUGGGUGACAUUUUAGAACCAUUGAUUGAUAUGUUUUAUCAAAGUGGAGAAACCAUCCAUCGAACGUGGUCAUCUUUUUUCCCUAUUGCAUUUUCUUCACUUCCACAUUCAGAAACAUUAGAUUUCACCCGAUUCAUGAUUAUUUUGUUGUCUAAAGACUACCACACUCGUCAAGUUGAUAUGAGACCAAAUGUUAUCCAAUCAUUAUUAGAAGGUGUUUCACGGUGUGACGAUCUUCAAUUGCCUCCAUUUGCUGUUGAAUGUUUAGCAUCCAACUUUGAUGCUUGGUCACAAGGAAUCCAUAUUCUUGAAAAUAUUGAUGAAAAAUUGGUUAAUGCCAAUGCAGAAGUACGCGAAGUAACAGAGGACGCCUUGGCAAAAUUGUAUGCAACUUUGAAAGAAGAUGAUAUGUUUUAUGGAUUGUGGCGCAGAAGAGCCAAAUACGCUGAGACAAUUAGUGCAUUGUCAUUUGAACAGCUUGGUCUUUGGGACAAAGCUCAACAAUUGUAUGAAACUGCUCAAAUUAAAGCUAGGAGUGGUGCUUUACCAUAUGGUGAAUCAGAGUACGCUCUUUGGGAAGAUCACUGGAUUCUUUGUUCCGAGAAAUUACAACAUUGGGAUAUUCUUACAGAUCUCGCAAGACAUGAAGGUUUUUCAGAUCUUCUUUUGGAAUGUGGUUGGAGAGUUGCUGAUUGGUAUAAUGAUAGAGAGACUUUAGAUCAAACUGUUAAAAAUGUUAUGGAUGUGCCAACACCUAGACGUCAAGUGUUUGAGACAUUUUUGUGUUUGCAAGGAUUUGGUCAAGAGAAAGAAACAUUACAAGACUUGUCACGUUUGUGUGAUGAAGGUAUUCAAUUGGCAUUACGUAAGUGGCACGGAUUACCAGAAAGAUUUGCCAAUGCACAUAUUCCAUUAUUGCAUACAUUUCAACAAUAUGUUGAAUUUAUGGAAGCAAGUCAAGUAUAUGCUAGUUUGGUGACGACGAAUGCUCAAAAUUUGGAUAUGAAAUCACAAGAAUUAAAGAGGGUAUUACAGGUAUGGCGUGAACGUUUACCUAAUGUUUGGGAUGAUAUCAAUAUUUGGAAUGAUUUGGUUACAUGGCGUCAACACGCCUUCCAAGUGAUCAAUAAAGUGUACAUGCCAUUUAUUCCUGUUUUGCAACAGAAUAGCACGGGAAGCAAUGCUAACUCAUAUGCAUACCGUGGAUUCCAUGAGAUUGCUUGGGUCAUCAAUAGAUUUGCACAUGUUGCUAGAAAGCAUAACAUGCCAGAAGUCUGUAUCAAAGAGUUGACAAGAAUAUAUCAAUUGCCAAAUAUUGAAAUCCAAGAAGCAUUUUUGAAAUUGAAAGAACAGGUAAAAUGUCACUAUCAAAAUGCCAAUGAAUUAAAUACUGGUCUUGACGUUAUCAGUAAUACCAAUUUGGUUUAUUUUGCAACACAACAGAAAGCCGAGUUUUUUACUUUGAAAGGUAUGUUUUUGAACAAAUUAAAUCAAAAAGAUGAAGCCAAUAAAGCUUUUGCUACAUCAGUUCAAAUUGAUCUUAAUUUGCCAAAGGCAUGGGCUGAAUGGGGUAUGUUUAAUGAUCGUCGUUUCAAAGAGAAUCCAAACGAUAUGGUGUAUGCCAACAAUGCUAUCAGUUGUUACUUGCAAGCUGCUGGUCUUUAUAAGAAUGGGAAAACCAGGAAAUUAUUAGCCAGAAUCUUGUGGUUGAUCAGUUUGGAUGAUGCUUCCGGGACAUUGGCACAAGCAUUUGAAAAUUUCAGAGGAGAAGUUCCUGUAUGGUAUUGGAUCACUUUUAUACCACAAUUGUUGACAUCCUUGUCACAGAAGGAAGCCAAAUUGGCGAAACAGAUUUUGGUUCGAAUUGCUAAAAAUUAUCCACAAGCAUUACAUUUCCAACUUCGAACUGCAAGAGAGGAAUUUGCUGCUCAGCAACGACAUGUUGUUGACCUUGCUCGUCAGCAAGCUGCUCAAGUUUCUGCUGCUACCGCUACUGUUCCUUCUUCUUCAUCUUCACCUAAUGGAGUAAAUGAUACUAAUAGCACCAACCAACAAUCAAAAUUGAAUGGAUCACUGGCAGGAAAUGGGGACAAGACACAACAAUCACCAACUUCUCAACCACAGCAGCCACCACAUCCACAAAUUAACAUUCCAAAUUCUGUUCGUCAACCAUUGGAACAUAUUGAUGAGAUUAUGGCUAUUUUGAAAACUGCUUAUCCAUUAAUGGCACUUUCUUUGGAAUCAUUGGUGGAUCAAAUCAACCAAAGAUUCAAGUGUACUGCAGACGAAGAUGCGUAUAGGUUAUGUGUUGCAUUGCUUAAUGAUGGUAUUCAGUAUUUGAACAAAAUAGGGAAUCCUAAGGAAGAUGCCAAAUUGCCACCUAUCACCGAAGCUAAUAUAACCAGAUUUGCUGAAACUGUACUUCCAAAACAGAUUAGAGCUGAAUUUGAAAAAGAUUUGGUAAUUUCGAAACCAAACUUGGAAACUUAUAUUUCUAAAUUAAGAAAUUGGAGAGAUAGGUUAGAGGACAAAUUAGAUAGACGGUUUUCGCAAGUCAAUUUGGAGAAUUUAUGUCCUCAUUUGAGUGAAUUUCAUCAUCAGAAAUUUGAAGAAAUUGAAGUUCCAGGGCAAUAUUUGUUGAACAAGGAUAGCAACGCCCAUUUUGUUAAAAUUGAAAGAUUCCUUUCCACCAUUGAUUUAGCUCGUGGUUCUAGUGCCUGUUAUAAGAGAUUGAGAAUUCGUGGUCAUGAUGGUAGUUUACACACAUUUGCGGUCCAAUUUCCAGCGGCUCGUAAUUGUCGUCGUGAGGAAUCGGUAUUUCAACUUUUCAGAAUAUUUAACGACAGCAUUUCGAGAAAAGUUGAGACUCGUCGUCGUAAUAUCCAAUUUACUUUACCAAUUGCCGUUCCAUUAUCUCCACAUAUUCGUAUUGUCAAUGAUGAUACUAGAGAUGUGACAUUACAAAGAGUUUAUGAAGAUUUCUGUAAAAAGAAUGGUAAGAGUCGUGAUGAACCAUUUAUUUAUACAGUGGAGAAAUUAAGAGCCGCUUUUGACCAAAGAUUACCCAAACCCGAUAUUGCUAGUGUUAAAGUUGAAAUCUUGAGUGCAAUUCAAUCAUUAUUGGUUCCCUCCACGGUGUUGAAAAACCAUUUUAUCAAUUUGUAUCCAAAUUUUGAAGAUUUCUGGUUAUUCCGUAAGCAAUUCACUUCACAAUAUGCGUCAUUUAUUUUCACCACAUACAUGAUGUGUAUUAAUGCUAGACAACCACAGAAAAUUCAUGUUAAUAGAGGUUCAGGAGCUGUUUGGACUUCUGAUAUGUUACCAUACAGAUUAUCAACCAGAAAUAAUGGUGAAAUUACCCAUAAUAAACAAUCUCCUAUAUUUGUUAAUACUGAACAAGUUCCAUUUAGAUUAACUCCAAAUAUUCAAAAAUUGAUUGGAGAAACUGGGUUGGAAGGUGUUUUAUCGGUUUAUGUUUUAUGUAUUGCUCGAGCAUUAUUGGAACCAGAAUCUGAUUUGGAACAAUAUUUGACUUUGUUUGUGAGAGAUGAAGUUAUGUCUUGGUAUUCACAAAAUGAUAAAGCAGCGUUAUCCAAUGAGAAACAAUUGAGUGAUAUUGUACGUUUGAAUGUUGAAAAUAUAAUUAGAAGAGUAAUGACGAUGGGACAUAUAUCAUCGGCAAAUGGAGUGGCUAAUCAACAUGUUUUGGAGUUGAUUUCACAAGCUGUUAAUCCUCGUAAUUUAGCUUCAGCUGAUACCUUAUGGAUGGCAUACUUUUAA